UUUGGUGAUGAAAAUCUUUUUAAAGAUUUUCCAAUCUCAAUAUAUAUGCUUCGAAAACAUCUUAAAAUUGGUAACUUUAUAACAUAUUCAGUAUGUCCAAAAUGUGACAAACUAUAUACUGAAAAAGAGGUUGCUGAUUCACAGGAUAAUAAUAGACAAUUAUCACCAAUUUUACUUUAUCCUUUUGCAAGUAUUAAAAGUCAACUUGCAAAAAUGUAUAUGCAUUCUAAUUUUAAACAAUUAUGUAGAAAAUGGACUCAUCGUAAUGUUCCUAAAGGUAUUCUUUCUGCCAUUUAUGAUGGUCAA